AUGGAAAGCUUUUUGGAAGAAUCUUCGGCGGUGGACAACCAAGCAAUUUUGAAACUUUUCAAUAAUAUUCCGAGUUUGGUUACUCCGCAACAAAAUGAGCAGCUUAUAAGGGAGGUCACUAAAGACGAAGUUAAGAAUGCAUUAUUUAACCUAGAUGGGCACAGUGCAACUAGGUGUGAUGGCUUUGGGUGUAGGUUAUAUACUUAUUGUUGGGAGGUUAUUUCAGAUGAUGUUUUUCAAGCUACUCGGGAAUUCAUGAGUGGGGUUCCAAUACCAAAGGGUAUUGCGAGUACUAUGGAGCUGGUUAGUUCAAUUGAUAAGGGGGCUAGGGGGCAUAAUGUCAUCCUCAAGCUGGAUAUCAUGAAGGCAUUUGAUCGAGUUGCUUGGGAUUUUUUGUCACGGUUGCUAGCUCAAUUUGGUUUUCAUUCUUGGUUUAUCUCUUGGAUAAUGAAUAACUUGGCCUCAGCUUGGUUUUCUAUACUCGUCAAUGGGAAACCAUGUGGUUUUUUCCAAGCAAAGCGUGGUUUGAAACAAGGGGAUCCACUGUCUCCUUUUUCUUUUCAUAUUGGUGUUGGAGACUUUGAGCUGAGGAUUGAAGAAUUUGAUUUCAUUAAGGAAAUUGCAACCAUUUGCAAUAGGCCGAGGGUGUAUCCCAAUUUUGCACUUAGCGUUUGCGGAUAA